AUGGCGGACGGUGGAAGAAAUGUGGAGGAGGGAAGAACAACAAGAGAUUUUUCCGAUGAAGAAAGUCGUCAAGAAACCGAUGAUGAGAAAUUGGAAAGGCAAUAUUUCUGGAAAGUGAUAGAAGCUUUUUUAUACUACAAGUAAGUAACCUUUGCUUUGUUCGCGUACUUUCGUUUCCCUCUCAAGACCUUAGCUUAGCUAAGCUCGGCGGUGAAUACCGUAAAUCCUCUAUUAAGCCCCCGACCCCUGGGGGUUUAUUUAUUCCAAGUCCAUUUAAUAGAGACGGGGGGCUUAUUUGAGAGGGGGAACGGGGCUUAUUUAAUUUAGAAACGACGAUGGUAUCAGUUCUCCAUAAAGAACUAGGAUACAAAGUGGAAAUGCUCAAGUACAAGACGUUUUAGGUGAUGCAGCCGAGGAUUAGAAUCAAAUCCGAUCCUCCGGUUGGUAAAUAAACCAUCCCGGAUCAGUCCACACGAAGUUUUACAGUCGUGAUUGAUUAAUACAGUCUAUCAUACAUUUCUAUCAUUCAGUUUGCGGGGUGGGGAGAGGGUCACUUAUUAACUUUCUUCCCCUGAUAACGGAGGUGGGGCGCUUGUUAGAUGGAGGGGGCUUAUUUGAGAGGGGGGGCUUCAUAGAGGAUUUACAGUAAAUUACCGCCUGUUUCAAUACUGUUUUGCAUAUUACAAACAAUUUAUAGACUUUGUAUGAAAAAUUUAAUGUAGUUGUUAAAACGUAGAAACAUAGUCAUAAAUAUACAUUAUGUAGGAAUAAAUUUCACUUGGGUUUGUUGUUAAUACUUUUUCUGUGUAACCUGGGCUCAAUUCAUGGCUAUUUUAUAUGGUGUUGCAGCUUGUUGUUUGUUUGGUGUUGUUUUCCUACACAAUGCGAAGCAAGGCAUGUUACUCUGUGCAGUCUCAACUGCACAAAUCUCACCUUCAUCAAAGAUCCGCACACCAAUUCACCAUGGAAGUACCAAAUCCUUAAGGCCAGGUGAGUCUUUUAUCUCUUCCUCUCAUCAUGGGUAUUGCGAUGUGUUUUUUUUUGUGGGAACAUUUUUUGAAAGUUUUCGGUUCUAAAUCUGACGUGUUGUUACCUGUAGGAACCUCAACGAUUACGCUUGUCUAGUGAACACAAACAUGGACUCAGGGGAUCCGGGUAAUCAAUAUUGCAUGACAAAACAUGGAUCUUCCUACCCUCCGAUAGUCUACUGAUGCGUGAGCAGUGUUUGGAGUUAUCCAAUUGGAUGAGCAUAUGUACAUUGUUCACAUUCACCAUGUAGCAACUGGUACAUAGUCAUUGAGUUUCCUGAGCACAUGUCAGAUUGCCCAGAACCAAAAACUUUAAAAAAUUUUCCCACAAAAACAAAUCACAAUACAUUUACCCAUGAUGAGGGGAAUUAGAGAUAAGAGACUCACUUGGCCUUAAGGAUUUGGUGCUUCCAUGGCAAAUCAGUGCAUGGUUCUUUGAUGUGGGAGAGAUUUGUGAGUUGAGACUGCACACAGUAGCCUGCCUUGCUUCACAUUACGUGUAUGUAGGAAAACAACACCGAACAAACUGUGAGCGAUAAAACUGUAUAAAUGGCCAUGAAUUGAGCCCAGGUUACACGGAAAAAGUAGCAACAAAUCCAAGUCUACGUAAGUGAAAUUUAUUUCUAUAUUUAUGCCUAUAUUUUUGCGGAAUUGAGCAACUAUUAUUAUUAAAAUUUUUCAUACGGAGUGAAGAAAUCGUUCGUAAUAAAAAUUAUGCCAAACAAUAUCAAACUACGCGGUAAUUUAUGCACUGAGCUUGGGCCACCUGUGAGUACAGCAGAUUGAAUUAGCUUAGGCUUACAGGUUUUCUUACAUGUACAAAUGAGGGUUGUCAGAAGUAGCCAGCUGCUCCUGAAAAUCGCUGCCUUCUUGGUUAGUAUUGUCCCUUUAAUACUCUGUUUGGGAUUUCUUUACACAUGGCGUUUUUUUAAAUAAAAUAUCCCUGGACUGGCUGCUUACUUUGACAACUCAGUCAUCUACUUCAAAACUUUCUGACAACCCCGCCUUUACACAGCCUCAUUUUGCUGAUUUAAAAUCAUCACUUCUUGCUUUUUCCCUGCAGGGAAUACUCCUUGCGAAAGCUUCAAAGAACCAAAGAAAACUAUACGUUUCUCCCUCGAAGGCACAAGGAAAUGCUUCCAAAUUUUAAAGAUCAUCUCAAGAAAAUAGAACAGUGCAUUGAAGAAAAUCAAAAGUUCUUGUUCAAAAUCGUUAGUGAGACAAAUGAAAUGUUUGAAAACAGAGAUAGUACAACUAGAAUUCGUGGGGUAAGUCUUGAACACUUUCUAUUUGCUGUUUAAUAUUUUGUUGUAUUAUUUAUUUUUAAAAAAUUAUUUUUUUGAAAAAAAGCACCAUGUAAUCUAAUUCUAGGUGGGCCAUUCCAUUAUUAAUCUCCUUACCUCCUCUACUGAACUGCAGAAUGUUCAAUCUAUCUAAAACACCUUUUAAUUAAGCUACACUCUGUAUACUGGAAAUGGGUAUGUGUUUGGACUUUGAUCUUUCUUUUCUUGGGAGGGGGGGGGGGACUUAUACCUCAGGGUAUAGGGUCUAUGGAUAUAAAACAGAAAGGUCAAUAGUUAGUUUUACUUUACAAAAUGGACACUUGUAAUUACAUUAAGGCCUAUGUAUUUAUCUAGGGAAAAUCUAUGUUUUAUGAACUAACAACAUUUUGAAACAAAUAUUGAAAUGGAAAUCUCUGAUUUCUGACACAAAAAUCAUUCUUUGUGUAAUAAUUAAUAAAGGAAAUAUCUACGAUAUAUUCCUAUUGAUAAUUUGUUGUGAAAAUAGUGAUUUUAAUGUUAAUAAUCCGCUAUGCUGUACUCCCUCUCGACAACCUUCUCUUCCUUGUGUAGUAUUUAACAGUUAUUUACUUUUUAUAUUAAAUCGUGUUCAUUUAAUUUCAUUUAUUAUGAUCUUGUAUUAUUGUUGUUUUGAUUGAUGUUAAUAUUAAUGUCCUUCCAAAGGCUCCUAAUGAUCCCGCAAGCCAGCCAAUUUGUGGAUUUGACAUGGACAAAGUAACAACAACAAUGAAACAGUUUGUUAGAGAUUGGAGUGAUGAGGUACAGUCAUGUAAUACCAUAUUAGUCAAAUCGAACCCCUAACAUCCCCCCUUGGGUACACAUUAAUUUUGAUACCUUAGCCGCGGGAGGAGAGAAUUUGAUAAUUAGUCUUAGCGAACAUACAAUGUCAAAAGUGAUUGAACUUUUACAAAAAAUCAUUGUAAUUCUAGCAACUUGCUUUGGAAAUGACUUCAGAUUUGAUUGGUCUACAGAAUUAAGUAAGAUAAUAGUCAUUUUGGUGUUCUUCUUAGGAACCAUGAGUCAGAAAUGUUUGGUUUGUUUCUGUUUUUGUUCAGAACAUUGUUAAGAUUGUGGUGAUUAUAUACUUUUUUUAAAUUCUUUAAUUUUUGUUUUCUUUCUUCUUUUGUACGUUUUUUGAUAACAGGGAAAAUCUGAACGCGAUGCCUGCUACAAGCCAAUUAUUGAUGAAAUUCUAAGACUUUUUCCAAUGCCAGAAUGGUAUGUAGUAAUGGAUUAAUAUUCUAAAUAAUAUUUUAAAAGCUACUACUGAUGAUGGAGGUCAAAGGUGUUGGAUAACAAGAGUUGGGACAAUAAACAUGACAUUAAAAAACACAAUGUUUUUGUUACUAAGAAGUUACAAUUUUACCAGAACUGAACGUAAUGGAACAGGACAUUGGUUUAGAAAUUUUAUGCGCAUAUAGUCAUUUACUCACAACAAAUGAUCAUAAUUUAUUUUAAUUGCUGCGAAGAACUGUAAUUUAUGAAAAAACCCAUUAGCAGCUAGUGACCAUUGAUUAGGUCUUUACAAUAAUAUAUUUUCUAAGUGAGCAUACAGUGCUGAUAACUGUGUUAAAAUCUUGAUUAUAUAUAAAUGUAAUUUAAUUGCAGUUCCAGCAGGAAGGAUAUUUCAAUCCUUGUUCCAGGAGCUGGAUUAGCCAGACUGAUGUUUGAUAUUGCUAAGCUUGGUAAGAAAUGCCUAAACUAUAUCAUAUGAUGAGAUAUUUUUAAGUAAGGAUUAACAUUAGACAAAGAUGUUAGUAGGAAGAGUAGCCUGAGAAACAGCCGACAUUUUGUAACAGCAUCACUGUGACAUCUGAGGAAUGACCACAGAAAUUCCAUACUGAUGAUGCAGCACUACCCAGAUCUGGGUAGGGACGCGUCACUUGUAUGAAACUUCUGCAGUACAAUGUAGUUCCUCGAAUGUCAGUUCACUGGCAAACCAGUGGUGGCAUCACGAUAGGUCAACUGUUUUCUCAGAGCAAGAGAAAUAUGAUUUAUGUCAUGGAGGGUCAGGAAAUGAUGUGGCUUUAAAUCUAACAAUUAUGCCUCGAGCCUGCUCUGAGUCAAUAGCCCAUGAGGCCGAAGGCCGAUAUAGCUAUUGACUCUGAGGCCAUGACGGCAAGAGGAAUAAUUGUUUUAGUAAAAUCCAACUGUUUGGUCAAAAAUAGUGAGACAAAACGACUUUAGCUAGAAAACACGAUUCAGCCACCGUUCUUUUGGUUUUCAAAGCCGGCGCUUUUCCCUACCAGUGGGCUAUAACAUAUAGCCUAGUAGUAGCUCAACCAAUCAGAAUGCAGCAUUGAUAAUAGACCACUAGUUGGAUUUUACUAAAAAAUGAUACGUGUACAUCAUAACUUAGUUUCAUAAUGUUGAUGAUGGCAGGUCUGAGUAACUGACUAACAAGGCAUCCACUUGUUUUCAUAUUAUACCCCAAUAUGAUAACUUUCAUUUUGUGAAAAAACACAUUCUCUCUUCACCUUUCUUACUUAAUUUACAAACAUAAGGUGCAGAGAAAGCACUUGCACCACUGUGUGACUUUAUAUAUCUACAUACAUAUGAGCCACAGCUUCACAGUCAGAAAUGUUUCUUUUCAUUUGUUUAUUCGUUGUAUUUUUGUUUUCUUUUUAGGUUAUACUUGUCAAGGAAAUGAGUGGAGUUUAUAUAUGCUUUUUGCUUCACACUUCAUCUUAAAUAGGUUAGCAUUGAUCUGCAUAUUAAAUACCAGUGACUGUAUCAUACCACUAGCUUACCAAAAGGUACUAUGUUUAUACUGGAAAUAGAAAAUAUGUAAAGAACAUACUUGCAGUUUAAGUUGCAACUUAUCAAGUUUGGAAAAAAAAAGCCUGAAAUAAUUCUGGCUUGCCAGGUUUCAAAACCCUGACCUCUGCAAACUAUUGCAAUGCCUGAAUUUUUCAUCAGGCUUUCUUUUCACAACUGGAUAAAUUGCAACUUAGGAUGCGUAGGUGAGUCAAUAUGGAAUUUCUGCGCCUGUUUCUCUCUUAUAAAGUAAAAUUUCAUUUUUGUGUAAAAUUAAAGUAAAACUUUGCGUCAUUGAGGGCGCAAAUCUUUGCUCGCUUUAGACAUAAUACUGUGGAAAUUGGCAAGUAUACUUAGUUUAAGGCUGUCUUUUGAGCAAUAGGAUAUUGGCUUACUGUUCCUUGUUCCUUCCUGUUCCUUUUGUGGAAGGGCCUAUUGAAUGAACGUUUGUUCACUUCUUUUCCUGGAAUCACGCAACUUUGUAAUAUACUCACGAAAUACAGCUUUCAUAUUAUUUUUUCGCAAAUUACAAUUUAAUUGUGCUCUAAAAUAAACUGAGAAACAAAUUUUUCACUUCACGUUACAAUAAAUGACUAGAUGAAAGAAUGAAAUUUUCUUGUUAUUUCUUUUCUCUGUUAGAGCACCAGGAAAAUACCACACAACAAUCUACCCAUAUAUACACCAGACAUGUAACAACAGAUCAGCAUCUGAUCAAGUCAGAGCCGUUGUUAUUCCCGAUGUAGACCCCACAGAUGUCCCGGAUGACCUUAACUUCUCAAUGGCAGCAGGAGAUUUUCUGGAAGUCUACACUGAGCAAAGUAGGUGUACUGUUUUACCAGUUGUAAUGUCCCAAUCGUUAAACUUAAAAAUUAAUGGUAUGCGUUUAGUUAAAUUGUCUAGCCGUUGCCAGUAUUUUAUUUCAUAAUUUAAUCAUAUUAUACUUUUAAAGGUAGUCCUUUUCAUAAGCCUUAUUGGCUUCCAUGGGCUCCCUUGCCCCCUCCAUCUGAAUUUUGUAUAUAUAUUUAGUUUAAAUGUGAAAAAAUUUAGUGAAAUAUAAAUAGACGGAACAGGACUUUCCAGGUCGUUCCACUAGUAACAGAACGCCUGAAAAGGUAGUCCUGUUUUCCCCGUUUUAUUAUUUGGCUACAAUAGUACGCGCACUCAGAUUGGCUGCUGAGAGGGCAAGAUUUUCUUGUAAUGGCCGGGCGCGUGUUACGAAGUUUAUUUUUUUCUGGGCUCAACGAGAAGCUACUAGCACAAGGGCGAAAACAAAAUAAAAAAAUGCGCACAAAAUUUAACUAUCUUUUUAAUAAGUGAAAGAAAAAUACCAGCAUACCGGUACUUCGCUUAAGGUGAUGUUACACGGGACGAUUCGCAACGACGAUUUUUAGCGCAACACAGCGUUGCAAUGUAACCAUCCGAAACAAGGUCGCAACAAUGCUGCGACGCUGUGUUGCAGAGAAAACCGUUGGAAUAAAUAAAUAAAAUACUUGAAAUUUAAUUCUUAAAAAAAUGUUUAUGUCCUGUAGAGGUGAAACUAGCUCUCAAAAUCGUCAGAAAGAUAUGAUGAACCACGAAAUACGUGUAUACUCAUAGAUAUAUAUCGAGAAAAAGAAAAUGAUCUCUGUGUGGACUGAAAGAAAAUCAGCGGGUCGUUGACCAAUCACAAUUCAUGAUAUUAAUAAAAUGCACAUAUUGUACACGGUUGGACAAAUCGAUUCGUUUUUAACACAUUCAUUAAUCAUUUCCUCUAGAAAUUUUUCUUUAUGACUAAACACCUUGCAUGUAUAAAAUUAUGUUUUUUGUUCUUUUGUUUUAGAUUGUUGGGACUGUAUAGUGACGUGUUAUUUUAUUGACACUGCUCACAAUGUCGUCGCCUAUAUAGAAAAUAUUUCCAGACUUUUAAAACCUGGUGGAUAUUGGAUUAAUCUCGGUAAGUUGACGGCAAUUGUACAGCUAUAAUAACUUUAAUGAGAGGAAGUCGAGUAAAUCUUUUUUAACGUCCGAAGCUUGGAGCGUUUCCCGGGAAGCGUAAUCUUGCCCUGUGACUUUCUCCUCAUCUGAUUAUGCGUUUAUUUCUGUCUCUCUGGCUAUGUUAGUAAUGGCGGACAGACAGACUGAUUGACGAGUCACGCGUGCUUCACUAGGAAAAUACUAGCUUACAAACCGUACUAACCUUCUAACAGGCCCCCUUUAUAACUGCUUACACGGAUGCGUACAGGCAAUACAUCUAGGAUUUUCCACGUUUAAACGAACGCUGCUCUAAAAUCAGGGGCACCCGACGUCAAUUUUCGGAAAAUAUUUAUUCGGAAGACGAUUGGAGAUCUAGAAUUUUCGGAACAUUUAUUGUCAAAUUCCUGGCUUGCCUGCCUCUCCUAGGAUUUUCGAACAUCUAAAAAGUGGUAUAAUUGCCCAUUUUUAACGGAUUUUUACCAUAAAAAGGUGGCCUAGAAUUUUCGGGAGCCUUUUUUCUGGCUGAAAUUUUCGGAAAGGUAUAAGUUUUGAUCCCUAUAAUUUUCGGAUCACUAGACUUUCAGCUAGGGAAUCCAAACAGAUGAAAAAUUUUCAGGGGAUAAAAAUAUGCCUAUACCUACCGUUUAAAUAGUAAAAUACGUUCAAGAAUGCUAUGUUUAAGUGGUUUUGAACUAUAUUCUCACUGGGUGCCCCUGUAAAAUCCUGCCGCAUAAUUAGCGCUUUGUUUAAGUUUACUCUUGGAUAUCAACUGAACAUGUCCCUAAAUAAUCAUAAUUAUAAGGCCCUGGCGUCUUUCUCUCUGUGGCGCACACCUCGGUUUACCAAUACAUUUUUAUUCCAGGGCCAUUGCUUUAUCAUUUUGCCGACGUGGCCAAUGAAUGGUCAGUAGAAUUACCAUACGAAGAUAUCAAGCGCAUAACGACAGAAUGCUUCAAGAUGGAAAUAAUAGUAAGUUGUAGUUUGCCCUUGAUGUACACUUCUCAGUGCACAGCUAUUGAUCUUUUUUAGUUACUAGAUAAUUUGACUGGCUUCCUGUUAUUGCUACUUUGUUUCACAUAAGUAGUUACUGAAGAAACAAGAAAAGCCAUUUAGUAUUUCUCUGCUACUUUCCCUUCAGACAUUCCUUUAACUGCGCUCGAUUAGGCACGCUGUAUAAUUUUUGCGUUCGAUCGUUUGAGGUAACGAGAGCAGGACUUUUCCUCCCAUAAACCCGCUCUUCCGCUCCUCUUUUAAAAUAGAAAACUUUGAAAUAAUCUACCCCUUUCAAUUUUAUUGUUUACAGAAAGAGCAGACGAGUGUCCCAUCAGGAUACAUUGAGAAUGAACGUUCCAUGUUAAAGCUUCUUUACGAUAACGUGUUCUUUGUCGCCCGUAAACCUCUUUAA